GUACUAAUUCUUACCUGUGACUUACUUGCUGCUUUCAAGGUUAAAACUCAACUUGAGUUGGCCAGCUUAAUUCCCAGGGUUCAUGGGUUCCUGUGAUUCAUUCUAAAUAAUUGCCCUUGAGGGUUGAUACACCAUUCAUCACAUGGAGCAAAAGUUUCACAAGAAUCCAAAAUAGGGUACAGAGAAAUAGUUGUAGCUUUAUGUUCUUUCAUCACAUGGAAUGUGCACCCACUGUAUGAUCAUUGUUUACCGAAACACCAUUCUAAGUAAGAGAGUUACCACUGACUAUAAUGGAAGGCGCAAUUGAUCUAUUGAACAAAGAAUCACUUUUUUUUUGUGUAAAGGACUUUACUUGGGCAAAUAUCAUUAUUACAAUGAGCCAUCCAAAUGUCUUUUCUUUUUUGUGAGUUUGUUUGAUGUUCUGUCAUUCAACAGGCAACCGCAUUACUGACAUGUCAAUUUCACGCUCUGUUGCUUUUUACUCCUCGCCAACUCUGUUAUUCUUUCUCGUAUGUACAGACUGAAAUGAACUCGUCGGCUUUUAUGAAGGAAAUUUGUGUUCUUGGUCUCAUUUAGGUCAUUGUACAACAAACAUUGCAUAUUUAUGGUAUUAGUAAGCCUCUGCUCCUUAAUUAUGUUAAUGACAACAUAUACUAAUAUCCACAUGCCUAGUUAACACCAGGUUCAUGGUUUAUUGUAUUCUUUACAAUGCUCUUUUACUAAAUACCUCCUAAAAAGAUAACAAGAAGACCAUCUGGAGAUCAAGCCAGGGCAUGAGUAUAAAUGCCUCUCUGCUGACUCGAAAACGAAUGAACCAAAAACGGUGGAAUACCAAAGGGACCACACUGGGGCAUUCUCAGUCCAUUUACAAAGACGAUUUUAACUUCUUUUCUUGGAAAUAUAUCCAACAACCCCAGGAUUCCAUGUUGUCUCCACUACCAGGCUCUUGACAAUGACUUUCCUUCAUCAUUUCAAUCAACAUAUUCUUUAUGCUUCCUUUAUAUGUAACUGUGUUUUAUUGUUUUAUUUUAUUUUUUUUUACACAAGAAGUUAGUGUUUACUCAACAGAAUAUAAGUCCCCACAGACAUAAAGAUACAUUACAGUGACGCCGCCAACAAGGAUGAGAUACCACGUUGUGUCUCAGGACAGUGUACAGAUUUCAUGGAAAGCUUCCAAAGAUAAACUUAAAGGAUAUAAACUUCUUAUCACACCGAAAUCAGGUGGGAAAACCAACCAACUGAAUCUUCAAAACUCCGCUACCAAAGCCAUCAUUCAAAGACUUGAUCCUGAUCGGAGUUAUAUUGUACAGAUCAUUGCCUUUAAUGAAGACGAUGAAAGCACGCCAGUUCAAGGGGAGUUUAGAAUGAAAGAUUUAGAGAAAAAAAGAAAACUUCCCGACCCGAGCAAAACCCAUAAGAAGGAUAAAACUGGCAGCAAUCUUUCUGAAAGAGAAAAGCAGUUUUCAUGUAGAACCCCAGCAGUUGCCGACAUUGUGAUUCUGGUGGAUGGAUCCUGGAGCAUUGGCCGACUAAACUUCAGGCUUGUGCGUCUCUUCUUGGAGAACCUGGUGGCUGCUUUUAACGUUGCUUCGGAUAAAACUAGAAUAGGUCUUGCACAGUACAGUGGAGACCCAAGGAUAGAAUGGCAGUUGAAUACUUACUCUACCAAGGAUGCAGUUAUAGAUGCUGUCAGGAACCUUCCGUACAAAGGCGGAAACACAUUGACAGGGCUUGCCUUGACUUACAUUCUGGAAAACAGUUUUAAGCCAGAAUCAGGAGCAAGGCAGGGGCUUCCAAAAAUUGGUAUUUUGGUCACUGAUGGGAAGUCCCAAGAUGAUGUUAUUCCACCAGCCAAAAGCCUGAAAGAUGCUGGAAUUGAACUCUUUGCAGUCGGUGUAAAAAAUGCGGACCUGAAUGAACUCAAGGAGAUCGCCUCGGAACCUGAUAGCACUCACGUUUACAAUGUUGCUGAUUUUAAUGUCAUGGACACGAUUGUGGAUGGACUCACAAGGACCGUGUGUCAGAGAGUACAAGAACAAGAAAUUGAAAUCAGAGGAACCACAGUUACCUCAGUCACUGGAGCUCCAUCAGAACUGGUCACGUCGGAGGUCACAGCCAGAGGAUUCCGUAUUAGUUGGACUCAUGCACCAGGAAAAGUUGAGAAAUACAGAGUUGUAUAUUAUCCAAGUAAAGGAGGGCAGCCAGAAGAGGUUGUAGUUGAUGGCAGUGUCUCUACCACUGUGCUGAAGAACUUGAUGUCCCUAACAGAAUACCAGAUAGCCGUGUUUGCUGUUUAUAUUAACAGCGCAAGUGAAGGCCUUCGGGGCUCUGAAACCACAUUGGCUCUGCCCAUGGCAUCGGAUCUGCAGUUAUACGAUGUCACCCACAGAAGUAUGAGAGCUAAAUGGGUCGGAGUCGCUGGUGCUACUGGUUACAUGAUCUUAUACGCUCCUCUUACUGAAGGGCUAGCAGCAGAUGAGAAAGAGAUGAAAGUCGAGGGGUCACUCACAGAUGUUGAGUUGGAUGGCCUGACUGCUAACACAGAAUACACAGUGACAGUCUAUGCCAUGUUCGGAGAAGAAGCCAGUGACCCACUCACUGCGCAGGAGACAACGUUACCUUUAAGCCCACCCCGGAACAUUCGAUUUUCAUCCAUUGGGCACAGCACCGCCACAGUAUCUUGGGAUCACUCAAACAAGAGAGUCAAUGGCUACCGGAUUAUGUACGUUAAAACCGGAGGGGCAGAAACCAACGAUGUGGUAGUUGAUCGAGUGUCCACCUACAAUCUGAAGCAGCUGUCGUCCCUCACUGAGUACACCGUCGCCAUCUUCUCCAUUUUUGAUGAAGGAGAAUCGGAGCCGUUAACCGGCACUUUCACAACAUUAAAGGUACCGAAUCCCCAGAGCCUGGAAGUCCGUGAGAUAACCACACACAGUUUCAGAGCGUACUGGAGACAAUUUGCUUCAGAUAUCGUGAUGUACAGACUGGUAUGGACGCCGCUGAGUGGUGGGGAAUCUCAAGAGAUUGUGCUGAAUGGCGAUAUCACCUCUCAUCUCAUUGAUGGAUUAACGCACAGCACGGAGUACGAGGUCUCAUUAACUGCCAUAUUCGGCGAUGAGACGGAGAGUGACGCCUUAGCUGCCAUGGCCACCACAUUGACAAGGACCACGACUGCGGCUACUACUGCAAGAGUCACCACCGCAGUUGUCCGAUUAGGGAUAAGAAACCUGUUGAUCGAUGAUGAAACCACGUCCAGCCUGCAUGUAUCAUGGCAAAUGGCCGACGGAAACAUCCGCCACUAUAUAGUCACUUACAUUAACCCUUCUGGUGCCCAAGAAGAGAAAAUUGUGCCCGGGAGGCUGAAUGAGGUUGUGCUGCAGCCUCUGCUCUCAGAUACUGAGUAUAAAGUCACCGUCACACCCGUGUAUUUCAAUGGAGAGGGAAACAGUGUGUCGGCAUCUGGAAGAACAUUGCCUUUACUGGCCCCGAGGAACUUGCGUGUCUCCGAUGAAUGGUACAACAGGCUGAGGAUUACGUGGGACGCUCCUCCUUCCCCCACCAUGGGCUACAGAAUCGUCUAUAAACCUGUGAAUGUGCCAGGACCAGCUUUGGAGACAUUUGUUGGGGACGAUGUUAACACCAUACUCAUCCUAAAUCUUCUCAGUGGGACGGAAUACAGCCUGAAAGUACUUGCCUCGUACUCCACUGGUUUCAGCGAUGCCUUAACUGGACUAGGAAAGACAUUGUACUUGGGAGUGAAGGACCUGAACGCGUAUCAGAUAAGAAUGACAAGCCUAUGUGCCCAAUGGCAGCUGCACAGUCAUGCUACGGCCUAUAGAGUCAUCCUAGAGUCGCUCAUGGAUGGGUCAAAGCAAGAGGAUUUGCUUGGUGGAGGAACUUCCAGGCACUGCUUUUAUCAGCUUUCCCCCAACACCAGGUAUAGAAUAACUGUAUACGCACAGCUCCAGGAGGCUGAAGGACCGGGUGUGAGCAUUGUGGAGACCACAUUACCAGUACCAACCGCAGCACCUACACUUCCACCAACUACUCCACCACCACCAACAAUUCCUGUGGCCAGAGAAGUGUGCAAGGCUGCCAAGGCUGAUCUGGUUUUCCUGGUGGACGGGUCUUGGAGUAUCGGAGAUGACAACUUCAACAAAGUCAUUAAAUUCUUGUACAGCACUACUGGAGCCCUGGAUGAGAUUGGGCCUGAAGGAACCCAGGUUGGAAUAGCCCAGUUCAGCGAUGAUGCAAGGACAGAAUUUAAACUGAAUUCCUAUAAAAACAAAGAGACCCUGCUGGAUGCCAUUCAGCGCAUAUCCUAUAAAGGGGGAAACACCAAAACAGGCAGGGCCAUAAAGCACGUUCGAGAUGACCUGUUCACUUCUAAUUCUGGAAUGAGAAAAGGAGUCCCCAAAGUGCUAGUGGUGAUAACAGAUGGGCGAUCCCAAGAUGAUGUCAAUGGCAUUGCCAAAGAAAUGCAACUGGAAGGUUUCAGUAUUUUUGCCAUCGGCGUGGCGGACGCAGACUACGCAGAGCUGGUUAACAUAGGCAGCAAGCCCAGCGAGAGGCACGUGUUCUUUGUGGACGACUUUGACGCUUUCAAGAAGAUCGAAGACGAACUGAUCACCUUCGUGUGUGAAACAGCGACUGCCACUUGCCCGUGGAUUUUCAUCCAAGGAAACAGCGUAUCAGGCUUUAAAAUGAUGGAGAUGUUUGGCCUGGUGCAGAAGGAAUAUUCGGAUAUGGAAGGCGUCUCAAUGGAACCGGGGACCUUCAAUAACUUCCCGUGUUACAGACUGCACAAGGAUGCCUUGUUGUCUCAGCCGACUAAAUUUAUCCACCCGGAAGGUCUCCCCUCUGACUACACCGUGUCCUUCCUCUUCCGCAUCCUUCCCGACACCCCCAAAGAACCAUUCGCUUUGUGGGAGAUCCUGAACAAAGAAUACGAGCCCCUAGUGGGUGUUAUAGUGGACAACGGUGGCAAAACCCUGACGUACUUUAACUACGAUUACAAGGGGCAGUUCCAAACCAUCACGUUCGAGGGUCCCGAAGUCAGGAAAAUAUUCCACGGCAGUUUCCACAAGGUGCACAUUGUCAUCACCAAAACCACUUCCCGGCUGAUUAUUGACUGCAAGCAAGUGGGCGAGAAGCCAAUAAACGCAGCGGGAAACAUCACCACCGACGGGCUGGAAGUCCUGGGAAGAAUGGUGAGGUCAAGGGGACCAAAGGACAACUCAGCCCCAUUCCAAUUACAAAUGUUUGAUAUCGUUUGUACAACAUCGUGGGCCGCCCGCGACAAAUGCUGUGAACUGCCGGCAAUGAGAGAUGAAGCAACGUGCCCACCCCUUCCAAACACUUGCUCUUGCGCACAAGAUAGCAAAGGGGUCUCAGGGCCACCAGGACCACCGGGCGGUUCUGGCAUGAGAGGUCCAAAAGGAGCGCAGGGGGAUCCUGGACCAGCCGGAUCUGAGGGGCCACGAGGUCAAACUGGAACGCCAGGUCCACAGGGUCCUCCCGGACCACAAGGGCCAAGUGGACUUUCAAUUCAAGGACCGCCUGGUCAACAGGGUGCAAAAGGAGAUAAAGGAGAUGUCGGUUUUCACGGACAGCAGGGUAUCCCAGGAGCCUCAGGUUCCCCCGGGCGUGACGGAGCAACAGGUCCACGGGGAUUGCCAGGAAAGGAUGGAUCAAAUGGACCCUCAGGACCACCUGGGCAAAUGGGAUCUCCAGGUAAUCCAGGCUCUCCAGGUGUCCCAGGAAGCACGGGAUCCCAGGGUGAAAAUGGUCCCCCGGGGCCUCCUGGUGUUAAGGGGGAAAGAGGUGAAAGGGGGGAUACGCAAGCCCACAGCGUGGUUCGCUCCAUUGCUCGUCAAGUCUGUGAACAGAUCAUUCAGAAUCAUAUGUCCAGGUUCAAUUCUCUCCUAAAUCAGAUACCCAGUCAAUCUGUAUCAGUCAGGGCUGUACAAGGGCCACCAGGAGAACCUGGAAGGACAGGGCCAACAGGUCCUCCAGGAGAACAGGGAUCUCCAGGAAGAGCGGGAUUCCCAGGAAAUCCAGGACAGCCAGGAACCCCUGGAGAAAGAGGUUUAUCAGGUGAAAAAGGAGAAAGAGGCAAUCCCGGUGUGGGAACACAAGGGCCAAGGGGUCCUCAAGGACCUGCAGGAUCACCAGGUGAGGGUAGAACCGGGAGCCAAGGCCCAACUGGACAACCAGGACAACGAGGACUGCCUGGUCCACAGGGAAUUCCUGGUUCCACGGGUCCUUCUGGCCAGCCUGGUUACUGUGACCCUGCUUCAUGUGCUGGAUAUGGGGUUGGAGGUGGAUAUGGUGAUCCCACGGAUCAUGAUCAAGACAUUCCCGUGGUCCAGUUGCCACAUAACACUUAUCAAAUCUAUGACCCGGAGGACGUUUAUGAAGUGGAGCGAGACCCCUAUGGCUCUUACCCGGUGCCAUACCCACAGACUUACUCUAAUCCUGGUAUGGCUGAGCAAGCUGUGGAGGCAGAGGAGUCCGAAGUGAGGUCACCAGACAUGAGCCGAUUUGCCAGGAGUAUAGUCCAAAGACAAGCCAAGCCUGUGAAUGAUGUUCAAGAGGGUUAAAUGAACUACGUGCUCCAAGUCUUGUCCAACAAGGCAACGGCCAUUUGUCCGCAUUGUACAGAAAUAUUCCUUACACCUUGUUAACUGUCCGGAAAUUGUUUACAUAAAUUAGGCGGUCAUCAGAAUUAUCCUCCAGGUCACAUAAUAAUGUACUGUAAUACGAGGAAUAUGCACUGAUGUUUGCAUCCGCAUACACCCUCAGAAGAUGUUAAUGGAUUCACUCAGUGGUGUCCUGGUGAUAGCAACCUGCUUUCCUGCAUUUAGUUCAGAUGUUCUUACAGGGACAGGCAACUCCAUUGCCCAAGAGCCACACUGUAGGGACUGUACAGGUGCUGUAUAAAUAUAAAUAUAGCUAGAACAGGGGCAUAGCAUAAGGGAAAUAACAUCACUGAUCCCUUAUAAAUCCCAUAGCAAAUCCAUGUUAAUUCAGCCUGCCUGGCAUAAGGUAUAUCAUACCUGGGUAUGCAUCUACAUUAACUCAUCAUGGCACAGACCCACUUUUGAGGGUCAGGAAAAACUCAACCUGCACCCGACCCUCAGGGCUGAUUUCUGUGAAUGGCGCCCCUGAAACUUUGCUGCCCUAGGCCCAGGCCUAUGUGGUCUCGUCACAAAUCUGGGCCUGCCGACUCUAACCAGUAAAACUAUAACCUGCAAAAUGUUGCCAUUGUAGAACUCUCAGCUAACCUGUACUGGCGUUAUAUUGUUCUGUAUGCUAACUCUGUGAGUACCUCUAGUUCCAAAACAUGGAAUCUUUGGGAGCAAUGGAGGAGUGUACGUCCCCAGUCUGAUCCAUAGCUGAUCCAUACCCAACCCUAACCCCCAAUGGUUGCCCAAAUUUCAAACUAAACUCCCUCAACCUGCAGGUCACUCUCAUAUAACAGUAGUGAUGGGUGAAUUUGUCCCGUUUCGCCGAUAAACGGUGGAAAAAUUUGCGAAUUUUGACGCUGCGUCAAUUUUGACGCCCGCAUCAUUUCUGACACUUGCGUCAAUUUUGACGGCGGCGUUAAAGUCAAUGGGCGUCCAAAUAAUGUUGACGCGCAAUGGUUUUGUCGCAAGUGACUUUUCCAACGUGUGUCCCAAAUUUUUCGCACCAUUUUCGCAAAUUUAUUCACCGGUGGCUAAACGUUGAAAUUCACCACAAAUAAUAUGAUCCCAGCUUCUUGUCUGGAACAAGACCCAGAUCAAGACCCAGAUCUCAAGGCCUUUUUCUUAACAAGGAGGAGCUUGUGUUGUAUCUUGCCCAUUGCUUACUUGCUCCCACCAGGCCCAUAUGACAGUUUGAGGACCCCAGUUAAUACAUACUGUACAUGGACUAAUAUGCAUGGGCUGAAUGAGUAGAUUGCAGGAAUAACUCUAGAUUAAGCCUGUUAGCAUCACUAGCCCUGGAGUUGCCAACCUCUAAUUUCUAUGAUAUAAAGCGAAAUAACCCAAAUAAUGUUUUUUGGUGCUAAACAAGUGUGUAAACUGUUGACGGUGCUGUUGUACUGCUGACUUUCUUUCAUGCAGAAUUGACCUUGAAAUUCCAGGAAUUCUCACAGUUGGAUAGUGGAUUAUUGGUUUAUAUUCAUGUUCAGUUAUAAAUGAAAGCCAUAUAAUGAUAGAAUAAUGCAACCAAUCAUAAUGAGGUGUAGACUUGCCCCCCAGCAGGAUUGUCUUUUGUAGUGACAGGUGUCCAACACUUGGAUAAAGGACCAGGCCCAACAUAUGGCUGCUAGGACUUGUAGUUUAACUCUCAUAUAAUGUUACUGUUGUCCUUCUAUGCCUACAAUGGCUUCCUCUUUGUACUCACAACUGCCACUUUGUAGUACCCCCGCUAAGUGCCGGGCCAGAGGAAAAAAAAGAAGUCUCUUUGUACUUUUGGUUCUCCCAGUAUGUUACACCCAGAAUGCAGUCCGUGCUACAGUGUGCGCUCAAGGGCCCCUCCACCAGCCUCUCAUUUACACCACAAACUUCCAUUCCUUGAUCCCUAACCAAUGUGGUGCUGAUUAUAAAGAGUAACAUGCGGGUAAUUUAUUGUAAACAGAUUUCCAUUGUUUUGUAUAAACAAAUAAAGGCUGUUCUAUGCUCUA